AUGUUUUUUUCAAAUAGAAAAUGUCAUCCUAUUCUGUUCAAGAGAACCCUAAAUAAAAAUAUCUAAUAAUUAUUAAUGUAAAUAGAAUUUAGAGAGUAUCAAAAAAAGUAUUUCCCUUUAAAAUCGAAUGAUUUAAGUAAGAAAUAUCCUAAUAUUAAAUCAUCAAGAGAUGGCAAUCUAAUUAAGACAAUAUAUUUUUAACUCAAAAGUAAUUGGAAUAUAUGGAAAUAAAACUUUUAAUUAGAAAUUCAAUAUCAAGUUAGUUUAAAUCAUCAAUUUCCUAAACAUAUAUUGUAAAUAAUUGAUUGGUCAGCUGAAAUUCAAUCAGUUUCUGUAUAUGUUUAUAUAACAUAUAAUUGCAAGACUAACGCAAAUUCUUUAAAUAGUUUUCUUUAAACAUCUAUCAUAUCUGAAUAAUAGAAAUUAUAAAUUGCAGAAUAAAUUAUUGAGAUUGCUUCAAUUCUUGAAUUAUCAGAAAUUUAACAUAGAAAUAUAAAACUUAAUAAUUUUAUAUUAAUUGACAAUCAAACAUACUUAACUGAUUUUGGGAGUGCAAGAACCCAUUAUAAUCAUUAUACAAAACAAUGUUCGAAUUCUGAAGAAAGAUAAAAAUAAAAUGAAACAUUGUUUUAUAACUCUCCUGAAAUUAUUGAGAUAAUUAAUUAAGACAAUAUUGAUUUUUAAGAAAGUGAAUGGGCAUAAAUAUUCGGAAAUGAUUAAUAUAAAAAAGUAAUUCUAAAAAGAAAUGACAAUUGGAGUAUCAGUAUUAUUUUAUUAUAAUUAUUGGCAUUUCAAACUUAAAUACCAGAUGAUAUAAAAUAAUUUUAUGGAUAUGAUAUUGCUAAAUUUGAUUAAGAUAUUAAAAAAUAAGCAAAUAAUCCAUAAUUUAGGAUAAUUACAGAAAUAAUUAAAAAGUUAUCAUUUGGUAAAAUGUCAGCUAUAAAUUGUCUUGAAGAAUUAAAAAAAUAAAUUCCUUAAAGAGGUUUAGAGGAUAAUUAACAAAAAUAAAAUUUCAAAGAAGAUUAGAAUUUUAUAAAUAUUUAGUUAAAAAAAUAUGUUUAAAUUAAUACUAAAGUUGAUUACUAAUAUUUAUCAUCAGCUUAAAUAAAAUAAUUAUAAUAAAUUAAUGAUUAAAAAUCAUAAAAAACUGUUUCAACAUAAUAAAAAUAGAAUAAUAAUAACAUUGAAAAAUAUGAAAUAAAAAAUCAGAAUAAUUAAUUACAUGAAUAAAUAAAUGAUAGUAAAUCUCAUUUUUCAGAUGAAAAUUCAUUUUAAAUUUUUUCUCCAAAAAAUAAUGAAGAAGAAUAAUUUGGUAAAGCUAAUUUAAAAUAAUUAUGUGAUUAUGAAAGUGCUUCUUUUGAAGAAUAGAAGCUAAUGAAAAUAAAGCAUAUUUAAGUCAAUUCAUUUAAUAACAAUGAAUAAAUUUUAUUACUUACAUAAAUUCAUGAUGAUAAUUUAAUUAAUAACUAAAACAAAGAUAAAAAGCCUAAAAUAAAUGAUUAUAAUCAGCAAACAAUAUCUUAACUUUAAGUAUUGAAUGAUGAUAAGAAUGUAACUUAAAAAAAAGAGCCAAUUCAAACUAUAUCCAGUCUUUUGUAAAAAUCAUAAAGAAAUUAUGUUCUAAAUCAAAUAGUAGACAAGUAAAUUAGAUAAGGUAUAAUUUUAGAAUCAAAAUAAUAAUUUGAAAUUCCUAUUUAAUAACCUUAAUUAUUUAAUAACUUAAAAGACGAAUAAUAAUUUCAAAAUAAUGAUCCUAAAUUAAAUUUAAAUAUUUAAUAUGAUAAUUAAUAAACAAUAAUUAAUAUUAAUCCUGAAAUUGACUAAUCCUAAGUGAUAAAAAAAAUAGUUCCUAAUAAUUAAGUAGAAAUAUUACCAAAUUCAUAAAAUGCUUUUUAGAUAGAAAUAUCUCCUUUUUCUCCCUCUACAUAAAUAAUUAAAAGACAUAAUUCAAUCUCAACUAAUCAAAUUUAACAACAAAAAAAUUAAUAAGAAUUAACAUAAGUGUUUUAAUCAAAUCUUAUAUUAUAUCCAUAAGAAUUUCAAUUUCAAACAUAAAAAAGUUAAGAAUAAUUUACUUAAUCUAUUAUUGAUUUUAACAAAGAUCCUUAAUUUUUAUCAUUAAAUUAAAUUUAAUAAUAAGAAUAAUAAUGUAAUUCUAGUUCUAAAUUGUAAAUAGAAGACUCAGAAACAAAUUAGAAUUUUCAAGUUAAUAAUAAGGAAUUAAUUUAAUUAAAUGAAAGCUAACAUAUUGCUGUUAUAAAUGAUGAGACCCAUAAUUAAAAUUUUCAAGAAAAUAAUUAAUAUUAAAAUGACCUUAAAAUCAUAAAAGUAGACGAUUAAAUAAUUAACAAUUAGGCAAAGAAAAUUGAGUCAACUGAAUUUGAAAAAUAGAAUAUAUAAUAAGGAUAAUCAGUUAAUGAUUAGAUUUAAAUAAUCUAAAUAGAAGAAAUGCAAAUAAAUGAGAGUAAUUUUAUAGAAAAUUAAGAAGUUUCUUAAGAGUAGUAGUAAUAGUAAGCACUUUCAAUAGUGAAAGAUUCAUCUUGUAAUUUAGAUGAUAUUUUUUCAAAUAAUUCAAGAAAGUUAGAAGAUUAGAAAACUGAUACAUUAUUAAAGAUUGAAUAACUUAAAAUGUUAAACAGUCAAUAAUUAUUUAAAUACUAAGAGUUUUUAUUAAAAAUUAAAGAAAAUAAAUAAGCUGAUGAAGAUGAGAUAAAUAAAUAGUUAAAAACUAUUGAUUAAAUUUCAAAAUUAAAAGAGAAAUUAAAUUAUACAAGAGAAUAAGAAAUAAUAUAUUUAAAUGAAGAUGAAUUAAAUUAAAUGAAUGAAUAACAAUUAGAUCAAUAUCUUAUUGGCCUACAAAAUUUAUUGGAAAAUAAUGAUCAAACUUAAAAGGAUAAUUAUCCUUCAUAAAGAGAUAUAAUAAUAUGGGUAUAAAAUGCUUUAAAAAUAAAAAAAGCUAUAGUAAAGCAAUAAGAUGGUUAAUAUAAAUAAAUAAAUUUUGUAUAUGAGAAAUUUUAAAACCUUCUUGCAAAACCAAAAUCAGAAAAUUUUUUGACAAAGUUUGAAUUUGAGGAUCUUUCUUAUCCAGAAUAAAUUUAAUAUUGUAAUAUAAUUAAACAAUUAAUAAAUUUAGAAUUAAAAAUUUAAAAGGGAUAUCUAACUUAAUAAUUUUAAUAAUAAUAAAUUUUAAUUGAUAAUUUUUAAAAAUAGUAAGAUAUGAUACUUACUAAAUCUCUAAUAAACUUUAAUGGUUUAGAAUUGAGUAAAUAAUUUGAUAAUAAUGAAAAAAAUAAUUAAAAACAGUUUGUGAAUCCUAUAAGGUAAUCAUCAAUAACAGAUGAAAUAGUUCCUUUUUUGAUACAUGAUUUUGAAUCUUAAUCAUAAUAAUAUCAGAUAAAUAAGUAGAAUUCUCCUCCUCCGAAUUCAAGAAUUUAGUACAACGAUAAAUAUAAUUUUAAGAUAUAGAUCGAAAAUCUAAAGGAUUUUGAAAUUUGGUCAAUAAAUCCUAAAAUUAAAAAAUUUUAAAAGUGGAAAAUAUACUCCUAGCCAAAUAUUGAGAUUCCAAUUGAUUUAAGGGUAUAUGGUGAAUUUUAAUAAAAUAGAAAAAAAAUAGAAAAUAUUUAAUUUGAAUAUGGAGGUUUUACAUUAAAUAAUUAAGCUCAUGGUUUUGGAAUAAUGAUGAAAAAGCCAAAAGGAGCAAUAUAUGAAGGUAUUUUUAAUAAAGGGUAAUUUAUUUAUGGAAUAGUAUUGGAGUUGAAUAAUGAAAGUCGUAUAUAAAAGUAUAUAGGAUAUUAUAAUAUUGAUCAUUCAAUUAAACAUGGUUAAUGUAAAUUGAUUUGGUAUGAUGAAAUUAAAAAUAGAUAAUUUGAAAUAUACGAAGAACAUAUUGGUUGGAUAAUUUUUGGAUUAUUGCAUGGUGAAGGUAAGAGAUGGAAUACAAAAGAAAGAUGGUUUUAUAUUGGUGAGUGGAAAUAAUCAAAAAGAUGUGGGUAGGGAAAGUAUUUUGUAUAAAAUUAGAAUGAUGAAUUUAUUUUGAAGUAUUCAGGAACAUUUUUCAAUAAUAAAUAUCAUGGUAAAGGAUAAUUUUAUCAUACUUAAUUAAUUUUUGAGGAAGGAGAAUACUUAAAUGGGAAGAAGGUUGGUCCUCAUUUAUUAUAUAAGGAUAAUAUUUUGUAAAAAACUAUUAAUUAUUGA